AUGACUAGAGCCUCUGGAGAGAUUUUACUAGUAUUUGAUCUUGAGAUAGAGCGCACUUUUCACGCAAGAAAGAGAGCAAUCAAAAGGGAGAUCAUGGGUGAUCACGAUAACCAAAAUGAUGGAACACCACCAGCAACUCGUACAUUGAAUGAGUACUCUACCCCAUCUCUAAAUGGAGCAACAUCGAGCAUUCGACAACUAGUGAUAAAUGCCAACACCUUUGAGAUAAAGCCAACAAUCAUCCAGAUGAUUCAGCAGUCAGUGCAGUUUGGUGGUUUGGCAGAUGAAGAUCCUAACUUACAUAUUGCAAAUUUCCUGGAGAUUUGUGAUACUUUUAAGCACAAUGGAGUUUAUGAUGAAGCUAUAAGACUAAGAUUGUUCCCAUUUUCAUUAAGAGACAAAGCUAAGAGUUGGUUGACCUCAUUACCAGCCGGCUCAAUUACAACCUGGGAGCAAAUGACACAAAAAUUCCUGAGUAGGUAUUUUCCUCCUACAAAGACUGCACAAUUGCGAAAUGAUAUUACUAUGUUUGUGCAGGUGGAUACAGAGUCAUUAUACGAAGCAUGGGAAAGGUUCAAGGACAUGCUCCAGAGAUGUCCCCACCAUGAAUUACAGGUUUGGCUGCAAGUCCAGACGUUCUAUAAUGGUAAGCCUGUGAGAAGAACAUCGGAUGUUCAUAACAUAGAUGCUAUCACAGCUUUGGCAGCACAAAUGCAAGCAUUAAAUAAGAAGAUUGAUGGACUUCAAAUGCAAAAACCUGCAAUAGUUGCUUGUAUGUGUGAUUUUUGUGGCGAAGAUCACCCUAACCAUGAGUGUCAAUCAGGUAACAUGUUUGCUGUUAAUUCUAUGCCUGAUCAUGCUAACUAUGUUUCAAAUUUUCGCAGGCCUAAUAAUAAUCCAUACAGUGAAACAUAUAAUCUGGGGUGGAGGAAUCACCCAAAUUUCUCUUGGAGAAACAACAAUCAAGUGAAACCUCCACUGCCAAGUUUUCAAUCUCAAGAGAAGAAAUCAAAUUUAGAGGAGAUGAUGGUGAAGUUCUUAAGUACUACAGAGACAAGAAUUCAGAAUCAAGAGGCUUCCAUCAAGAAUUUAGAAGCUCAAAUUGGCCAGUUGGCCAAUAUCAUUUCGGGUAGACAGCAAGGGCAUUUACCGAGUGACACAGAAAGGAACCCAAAGGAGCAAUGUAAGGCCAUAACCUUGAGGGAUGGAAAGGUGAUUGGUGAAGAAGAAUCACAAAAGAAGGCGGAAAGUGAAGUAGAGUUACCGAUCUCUAUUGAGGAAAAGAAGGCAAAUUCAGAAAAAGAGACAGAGACUAGGUAA